CGAGCGGCCUGUGUUUGGGCAGGAGCGGGCGUUGAGCGAGGAGGAGAAGGAGGCGGAGCUAGAAGCCAUGAGGCAGCGCCUGGCAGAGAGCAAGUGGCCCAUGGACUGGCAGCCGGUGCGCAACCUGCCCGUGGCAGCGGAGGAGCGGUGGGAGCAGUGUGAGGGGAUUCUCUACGAUGAGGGUGAUGUGCGCGCGGAUGGCAAGAUUGCCCGCAGGGAUGUGCAGUGCGGCAAGUGGCGCAGGGUGCCAAGUGGGUUUGAGGUGGAGGACAAGUUUGAGUGCUCCUGUGCGCUCACCUUCGACCCUCACCAUGCAGACUGUAUGGUGCCACAGGAGCUACCAAAGAGGGACUUGGAGAGGCGGCUCAAGAUGAUUGCGGACCUCAAAUUGCAGAAGCAGCAGCAGGGGGCGGAGAUGGGCGAGUGGAAGGAGCGCACGGGGGAGCUGAGGGCGUUCAGGGCGCACCACGGCCACUGCCACGUGGCCCCCAGGAGCCCCCUGGGCGUGUGGCUGCAGAAGCAGCGCAUGUUGCUGCGCCGCAACCGACUCUCACCCGUGCAGCGGGAGGAGGUGCAGCAGCUGAACGUGACGAUCAACCUGGAGGAUGCGCGGUGGGAGGAGAACUUUGCGGCUCUCGUGGACUUCAAGCGCGACUUUGGCCACCUCAACGUCUCCAACGCGCCACACGCGCACACCAACACUGCCCCGCCUCCCGCCGCCGCUUCCGCUUCUGCUGCUGCUUCUGCUUCUGCUGCUGCUUCUGCUUCUGCUGCUGCUGGUGAUGGUGCCAGUGCUGGAGCAGGGGCAGGGGGAGGGGGAGGAGGAGGGAGGGCAGCAGGAGGAGCUGCUGCUGCUGUUGCUGCUGCUGCUGCUGCUGCUGGUAUCAGUGGCGGUGGCGUUAGCAGCAGCGGCCAGCAGCAGGGAGGAGGGAGGCUGAGGCGAGCACAGGACUUGGCGCGGCUGAACCAGUGGGUGAAGGCCCAGAAGGCCAUGGCACAGCAGCCGUUCAAGGGUAAGAAGGCACUACAGCGGAUCUGCAGGCUGCUGGAGAUUGGAUUUGUUUUUUCGGAGGGCGAUUCCUCCUCUUGA